UCGGUACGCCCAACAAUGGCGGCGGCGGCGGAGGUGAGUAACAAGGGGGUGACCCUGAAGCGGCACGUGAUGGGGUUCCCCACCGAGGACGACAUGGAGCUCGUCACGGCGACUGUGCGGCUGACCGUGCCGCCCGGGUCGCCGGCGGUGAUGGUCAAGAACCUCUACCUCUCCUGCGAUCCAUACAUGCGCAGCCGCAUGACCAGGCAUAAGGAGCCCAGCUACGUCCCAGACUUUGUCCCGGGCGAGGUUUUGACUGCUUUCGGCGUAAGCAAGGUGCUAGAAUCCGGGCACUCGGGUUACAAGGCAGGCGAUCUGGUGUGGGGAAUCAUAGGAUGUGAGGAAUACACCUUGGUCACUAAUCCAGAGUCGCUAUUCAAGAUCAGCCAUCCUGAAUUUCCACUGUCGUACUACACAGGUGUUCUUGGCAUGCCUGGCCUUACUGCAUAUGCUGGGUUUUUUUACGUGGCCAAGCCGAAAAAAGGGGAGUAUGUCUUUGUGUCGGCUGCAUCAGGCGCCGUAGGACAGCUUGUUGGGCAGCUUGCUAAAAUCACAGGCUGCUACGUUGUUGGCAGUGCCGGUUCUGAUGAGAAGGUCAACCUCCUAAAAACAAAGUUUGGAUUCGACGAUGCCUUCAACUACAAGAAGGAGAAGGACCUCAACGCCGCACUUAAGAGGUGCUUUCCGGAGGGCAUUGACAUCUACUUCGAGAAUGUGGGUGGUGCGAUGCUGGACGCGGUGCUACUUAACAUGAGGUUGCACGGGCGGGUGUCAAUGUGUGGAUUGAUCUCGCAGUACAACCUGGAGCAGCCUGAGGGUGUGCAUAACCUCUUCUGCAUCGUCACCAAGCGCAUCCGCGUGGAGGGUUUCAUGGUGACGGAGUACUUCGGCACCUACAGAAAGUUUGAGGAGGAGAUGGCAGGUUACCUCAAGGAAGGGAAGAUCACCUAUGUGGAGGACGUAGCAGAGGGCAUAGAGAACGUGCCAGCUGCGCUUAUCGGGAUCUUCUACGGACGUAACAUCGGAAAGCAGCUUGUGGCUGUAGCACGGGAGUGACAUCACAUGUCGCUGAUGUUUUUUUUUCGAAAUGGGGUAUUCCCCGGCUUCUGCAUCAAUCGAUGCACACUGUUUUUUAUUAAAAGAGACACGCCGCUGAUGUAACUUUAGACACUAGAGUUCUUUUAGGUUCUAAUCAGGUGUUGCGUGACCUUCUCGAUGAGCAUGAGGAUGAUGUGUUGAUAACUUAUGAGAUCCUAAAGAAAUAUCCGAAUUUUUACUUGUUUCCAA